AUCUCCGGCUUCACAACUGAAAUCUUCCAUUUUAUAAAUUUGCUCUGAUGCUCAAACUGCUGAAGAAAAUGAUUCACUUGAUGGUCUACAGUUUGACCCUAUUGCACCUGUUUGGUGAGUCUGGUGCUGUUAUAGUGCAGACAGUGUCAGUGGUGGAUGGAGAUUCGAUCACUUUAGAAAUACAAAGAAACAGGGACAUCGAGUGGAAGUUUGGACCUCAGAAGAUUCUUAUAGCUGAGAUCAGCAGUGGUCCGUUUAAAAUCACAUUGCAUGAAGACGCUCUUGAUGGGAGUUUCAGAGGCAGACUGAAGCUGGAUCAGACUGGAUCUCUGACCAUUAACAACAUCAGAACAACAGACUCUGGAGAUUAUAACGUAUUCGACACCAACACAGAAAUGCUACUCAACACAUUCAAGCUGACUGUGCAAGAAGAUGGCCUCCCUAGUGGCGCUGUGAUCCUUUUGGCUCUGACUGCUGUGGUGGGCGUGGCAGCAGUGGCUAUACUAGUUUACGAGUUCAGAUCCAGAAGUCUUCAAAAGAAGAGGCAUGUGCAAAAACAAGCAGACAGCAGCCCUAUUCAACUGUAGAUGUUCUUGAAUGAUUCCAGGCAUUGGGGUAAACAUCAUAUAGCGAACUCAUUCACAGUUUACAGAUUAUUUUUCUUGAUACCACUUGAGGUAACCUUAACCCUUGACGUAAAAGACUAACCAAAUGACUAAUGUUGAA